AUGUGCCUUACCGAGAGCCGGCCUAAAAGCAUUGACGAUGUGGCGUCCCAGCAGCAUGCUGUGGACGUAUUGCGCAAGGCGCUAUCGUCGACCAACGUACGUGACGUGCUGCUGACCGAAGCUCCCGCACAUGCUGUUCUAUGGCCCGCCUGGUACGGGAAAAACGUCGACAAUUCUCGCGCUCGCCAGGCAGCUUUUUGGGUGGGUAUUUUCUGCACUGACUCCAGCCCUGAACUCAUGCGCUCUCGUGUGCUGGAGCUGAACGCGUCCGACGAGCGCGGCAUCUCAGUGGUUCGCGAGAAAAUCAAAUCUUUUGCUAUGGCAGCUGUGUCUGCCCCCGACCCCAAGUUCCGAUUCCGGCCGCUGGACAUAGCGAGCACAGAGGCACGCCUGGCCCACAUUGCUGAAGCCGAGGGUUUACAGCUGAGCCCCGAGAUCAUUCCUGCACUGAUCCGCGCCUCUGACGGAGACAUGCGCCGCUCCAUCACCUAUCUCCAGUCCGUCGCGCGUCUCGCCACGGCACGGGGCGGCGAUGUCCGCUCCAUGUCCGCCGCAACAGUCAGUGAGCUGGCUGGAGUUGUGCCGACAGAUGUGAUCGAGUCACUGGCACAGAGCAUUGGAAUAAAUUCCGACGAAUCUAUGUCGACUGCUGCGGGCUCUGACUUUGAUCGGAUUUCGCGCGUUGUGGACUGCAUUGUCCGCGAGGGCUAUUCUUGUAUGCAGGUGGUCCUGCAGGUGCGUGGUGUCUGCUCACUCCAGCUCCACGACUACAUUAUCACACACCCUUUGCUGAAUGCGCGCCAAAAGGCGCAGUGCGCUCUUCAGCUCGGCAGCACAGACAAGGCCCUUAUGGACGGUGGUCUGGAAAGCCUGCAGCUCCUGUCACUCAGCCUCGCUCUCCACCAGGCGGUGCGCGGUCGUGGUGCUGACCUCAGUCUGUACGAACUAUUCUGCGUCGCCAUCGCCUCUUCAGAGUCGUUUGAUACCAACGCACCUACGCUCAAAGUGCUCAAUGACCGUCUGCGCCAGGACCCGCGUGUGAUUAAGUGGAACACCCUCAAGCUUGGCGAAAAGCUAAGUGAAAUUGUACCGCCGGGUGCCUCUGGUGGUGUGACGCAGGCGCAGGCGACUAUGGGUGGCAAGUCGAUUGACUAUCUUGGGUAA